AAAAGAUUUUGCAAAUUGCUUAGUCAUCGGGGCACAUAUACACGAAUGUAAGCAAUUACAUAAACAAACCCUGGGGUUAAAGUCCUCCUUUCUUUUGGGACAGAAAGUGUCGGCAUAAUAUGCUGGUCUGAGAAUUGUUUGUUGCCCUAAGAAGAGAAUCAAGAAUUCCACUAAGUUUUUUAAUUUAACAGACUACACUAAGAGAGUGUAGUUGAUGUUUAAUGAAAUGUUCAUUCCUCAGAUUAAGACUGUUGUGGAGACAAGAAUGUCUAGGAAUGAAGUUAAAUUUCUUAAAUUUGAGUUAAAUUACUAAUUUUUAGAUGGUUUUCUAGAUUUGAUUAGAAUGGCCUGACUUUCUUAAGACAUCCAAUAAAUAUAAGCUAGUUAUACUAACCUAUAAACACAAGGGG